UUUGGUUUUAAAAAAAAGUCAACUUUUUAUUAUUAUAUUUAUUUUUAAAAAUGUUUAAAAGUAAUUUAACCCGUUUUAUAAAUCGACAAUCUAAAAGAUUUAUACAAAACAGCACAAACGAAAACCCACUAAAAAGUGAAGACCUACUAUCUGAAUUAUUACCCGCGAGAAUCCACAAAAAACGCCAACGAACUCCUGAAGCAUUUUAUUUGGCCAACCAAAAAGGAGCCGACAAAAUAGCCACAGCUCUUAAACCUCACAUUUCUCCACAAGAUACACUUCUUGAAUUCAAUCCUGGCUAUGGUCUGAUGACACAAAAAUUUGUCGAUUGGAAAAUAUUUAAAAAUAUAAUUCUGGUCGAACAAACCAAAUUGAAUAAUAAAUUAAUUCAAGAAAUCUGCCAACAAAACAAUCAGAAAUACUCGCUGAAAAAAGGAGAUUUUAUAAAUCUUUGGAAAAUAGUUUUUCAAGAUAAAAUUGAUGAUGGCACACGUGUUGCUAAUCUCUUUGAAGAUGUACCAAGAAAAUCAUUUUCCGAUGACACAAAUAUGGUUAUCUUUGGAGCUGUUGGUUCGUAUAUAUUUUUUAAGCAUUUGAUUAAUUCAAUUGUCUUUCAAAAUAGUCUGUUUUCCUAUGGUCGAAGUGAACUUUAUUUGGUAAUGCCACCUGCAAUUUAUGUUCACUUAACUUGCAGUAAUGAAAUAGGUUAUAUGAUUUAUAGAUCGUCAACAAUGCUUUUUCAAAUGAUGUUCGAACAUCGUUUCAUUACGACAUUACCAAGAGAGUAUUUCUUGCCCCAACAAGCUGAAUACAAAUCGAAAAAGAGUAGUAAACUUAACAAAGUCAAUUCAAUCAAUCCGGAUGUAUUGUAUUUGGUUAAGAUAGUUCCAAGGAAGAACUUUUACGAUUUAUGUGCUCCAGAAGAUGUUCAAGCACUUUGGUAUUUUGUUAAACAAAAUUGUGUUAGUCGUCGAAAUAGAAUUUUACCAAACUUGGAGAAAUAUGUUCCUGGUUGUGGGCCAAGGUUAAUACUGCAAUCAUCGGAUUCUCCACCUCCGAAAGACUUAUAUCCAAGUGAUCAUUCUACAUUUUUACCAAAAUACUCAACAAAUUGUGUUGAGAUGAGCAAUAAAUGUUAUUUUCCAAAUAUGAAUAUUCAUACGGAAUUUGGAGAUUUAAGUCCAAGUCAAAUGCUAACUUUGUUUACGCAAUUUCGAAGUUGGCCUGAAUAUAAAGAUAGCUCAUUUUUGGCAUCGUUGGAAAAUAGUUUGUUGAAAUUGGAAUCAUCAGUGGAUGAAAAUAUUGAUGUGUUGGAAGUUCCUGAAGAGGAUGAUGCUAAUGUUGUAAAUUAGCCUAUCUCAGGCAGAUAGAAGAAAUUGAAUAAUAAAAAAAAAAACGAUUGAACAUUAAAGUUUGUACAGAAAUUUAUCGAUGUUCAUUAUUUAUUUUGCCAAAGGUUCGCGGGCGUUGCUGAAGAGCUUAUCGUUAAGAACUGAACGAUGAAUUUUUUUUAUAA